AUGCCUCCGUGGCAACCGCAGACGCAGGUUGUGGCGGGCCUCGCCGCGGGUGUCGAUCCCCAGUUUGUGCUAAUGCGCGACAUAGUCCGACAGAAGUUAAUUGAGUAUAUACGAAUGAAACCAAUGGCGGCUGACUGGCAGCGGCGGGUGCCAGAGGUCGCGAGCAGGAUCGAGGAAAUCUUGUUUAGGAGACACCCAAACAAAACGGAGUACUGCAAUAUGGCGAAGGGGGCAAUUCAGUCAUACUUGUACUUCGUUCUCCGGUUCUUGACUGCUCAUCAAAACCAACAACAGCAACAAAGCCAACAAUCCUCAGGACAAAUAGCAUCUUCACCUGGCUAUAUCACCCAAGGUGCAAGUGCAACUUCUAGAAUGUCUUAUGUAACACACAACAUGGAUCCUUCUUCUAGUGCAGGCUUGGUUCCACAGAGUGCCACCAUGGGUACCUCGCUGCCAGGUACUAAUACUCCUGAUGAGCAUGUGAACACCACGCUGUCUCUGGGGAUAAACCCUACACAACAUGAUUGGUCUAUAGAGUCCAACAACAACAACCUCAUUCAUUUAACACUGCAGCCCAAGCUGACAGAGGCACACCCGGUGCCUCCUAUAAAGGAUCUCCCAAGGAAACCGAAGUUCAUCUGCCCAAUCUGCAAGAACGAGUUGGUCGAUGCGUCAUCAACUAUCUGUGGCCACAUCUUCUGCCAGAAGUGCAUCGAGCCCUCCAUCCAGGCACAGAAAAAGUGUCCUACCUAUCGUAGGAAGCUGACAAUGAGAAGUUUCCACCGCAUCUACCUCCCGAUGAUGGACCGAACUGAUCCUGGCAUUCUGGGCGCCCGGAGCAUCGACACCCAAACCAUUGUCCUCAAUCCUUUCUAG